CUGUAGUUCAGACGGAUGUGUGCGUGAGAGACACAUGCUGAGCUCCCCCCGCCGGCUAUCAGUCUCUCUUCUCUGUACACUCUUCUCUGCCACGCUUAGCCCAUGCCCCAUGUCAGGGUAGAAUCUUCUCUGCCUCUCUUAGCCCAUGACCCACGUCAGGGUAGAAAGCCCUAGGUACUGUCUUUGCAAGGAUGAGAUCCCAAUGCCACUUGCUCUCCUCUUGGGUGCCUGGUGGGCACUGAGCAGAGGAGUCCCCGCCAUCCCUGUUUGGCCCAUCCUUCAUUAGCAUUCUCCACACACCCCCACUGAGCACAGCUGACUGAGUGCAGGCAGCUCUGUGGGUCUUCAUUAAUUGCUAUUAUCUUUAUUACCUCAAUUUUCAUCAUUAUGUUUCUCUUAUCCCAUUUUCUAGAUGUUACUGAUUUGACAGUUUGCACUGAGUCUUUUAAUUCUGUUUAUUUUAGUAAUAGGAUAAUAAUUUUUGGAAAACCACAGUUAUUUAUAAACCUGACAAAUACAAAAGCCAGACAUCAGACUGAUGUUGAGUGUCCAAGUUUUGCUAAUGCUGACAUGCCUAAUUAAAUGAAAUCUUCAUUCAGCGACAAUGUCUGUCAUUUGAGUGCUUUUUUUAGUGCCGUGUGAAAAGGGAACUCAACAUCUUAUCAGUGUUUAUAAUAUAAAAAAACUGUAUUCACAAGUGUGUCAUUCUUGCUGUAAUUCUGCUCUCAGGAUUACACCACACUUAAGCGUGAGAAAUAUAUUUAGAUGUCUGCGACUUUGGUGUCCGUGAUGCAUUCUUCUAAACAUUUGCCAGUUAAUUAACUGUGUGGGAAUGCUCAGGUUUGAGCUUGGUUCUCAGUCCGAGCUUAGAUAAGGUUCUCUUUCUCCUCCAGUUUUUUAUAUCGUGUGCUUGUGCAUGUUAGUGAAAGUGCAAAAAAUCAGAAUGAAGAGGCCGAGGGGAAAAGCAUGGACCAGGGAUCAGGACCUGGGAUCCAGACCCGGCCUCACCAGUAACUCCUCCUGGGCCCCAGGACAGUCAUGGAACCCCCAUGCUUCCGGGUGUCCCUAUCUGUAAGACAAGAGGGCUAGACCAGAUAUUCUCAGGUUCUGAUGUUUGCACAUUGUGGUUCCAAUGUUACCGAACCUCCUGCUCCUUUUAAACAAGCUUGUGCUUCUAAGCCGCUGCUGAGACCAUUGUUCCUACACACACUGAUGAACAUGUAUUACUGAAGGGGAAUGUGAUGAUAUUUGGAUUGUCAUGAUCUCCUCUAAGCUUAUAUGUCCUGGGUUGAGGGAAGGAAGAGCAUGUCUAUGACAACACAAUGGGAGGUCGCUUUCCAGGGCUGGAGGAUGGUAGGGGACCUAGUGCUGUGCCCGCUCAGCCCCCUUCCUCGUGCACCAGUUUCCUUUCUUAGGGCCCUUCUGCUUGUGGCCCACCUGCCACUGUGGCCUCCUCUUCCAGUGCAGGCUGCAGUUCAGGGACAUGUGGGCACCCCAGGCGAGCCAAUCACUGGUUUGGCCUCAAACAGACGCUAUUCAAAUUGUGUACUCUUUUAGGGAGACUGAGGGCCGCUCGGGGCAGAUGUGGGGCAGGGACUGCUGCGCAGGGCUGUUCCGCUGUGACUCCAGCAUUGGCCACCUAGUCAGAGAAACCAGGCUUCUACAGUUAAGCAUCCAAGGUUUCUCAGCCUCGUCCGUUGCAGAGUCCCAGUGCUCACUUCUGGGUACCUUAUUCGUGUGCUCUGGGCAGCCACACAGAGUACCCUUUCAGAAAGGAGUUCUCAUAAAUGUAGGAUUUCCAGUGAUGGUGUAGCACCCCUAGGGACUGGUGCCCCAGGCCCUCGACCUGCCACCCUGCCCCUUUGUGCACCUCUGCCCCAGGUAUCCUGAAUUGCUUGCUGCUUCCAGAACUCACCAUGUUCAGAGGAGGAUUUAUCCUGCAGCUAAGAAAGCUUCAGUUUCAAGAUCCCUUCCAAGGCCCUGGGAGGGCCUCCUGCAACUUUAUAUUCAUAAUUUUGUAUUUUUUUCAACCCCUUCCUCCCCCAAAUAUGCAAAUUUCAGGCCCCACAAAAUGUGGUUCUAUUCGGGAGCAUUGGUGUCUUCAUUUUCUCUCCAAGGAAUCCCCAGUCCACCCUGAAUCCUGGCUGACUUGUUCUUCUCCUAGACUUGACUCUAAUAGCCUCCUCUAAGAAGCACCCCACAUUGUCAGGUUCCUUCACUCAACCAACACGUGUUUAUUGGGUGCCUACCCCAUGCCAGGUCCUGUUCUAGGCGUUGGGGAGGGCAGUAAAUAAAAUGGAAAUCUUUGCCUCUGUGGAGCUUAUACUGUAACUAGGGGGGAGCAGGUUCAUUCUAGGGGGUCAGACGCCUUUCCUAGGUUCCCAUUGCUGUCCGUCAUUCUGCUCCCGUCGUUCACAUGUCUGUCUCCCCAUCUGGACUGUGAGCUCUCUGGGGUGGGGGCCACGUGCCCGCUAUCUUGGUGUCCUGAAGACCCGGGCACAGUGCAUCUGGACAGGCUCAGUAUAAGUCUGUGGAGAGAAGGAACAUAUAACCGCUAACAAUAUUUGCAUGGGAGGAAGGGAGGCAGCUGCUAAUUUCCUGUGCCCACCCCUAAUUAUAGGAUAAUGAGGAUUCUUCCUUCAAAUUUAACCACUUUGUGCAGUUCCUGGCAGGAUAGGUAUGUAGUGAGAGUCGUGUGCAGGACAGGAGUGCAAGAGGUCUCGCUGGGCCACACUGGUUAACUUCUGGCUUCAGAAGCCCCUUCUGUUUUAUUGCAAGCUGCACUGUCCUCCCCCCUUCCCCCCACCCCCCAGCAACAGUGCCGGGGGCCUAUUGGCAAUGUUGAGAAGUGCACCAUUUUGAAAAUGGACUAAAAGUUCCGUGAAGAAUUUUUAUCUCAGCCUAUCAAGCAGCUUUUAUAGCCAUGCAGAUAAAUCAAGGAAGUUUUAAAUUCUUUAUAAGCAGAAACAAUGAAUUUCUCAUUUCUUAAAAUAGAAUGCUCCAAGAGUUGCUCCAAGAGUUGUUUCCUUAGUUUGCUAUUUCAAGAAGUGGUAUUCGGGGUUUCAGCCUGUGUUAACAUUUAAUUACCAGAGACUCAAAGUCAAGAAAUGACUAGAAAGUUUGCAGGAAGCUGUCAUGGCAGAGAGAAAGCAAUGAAAUCAGUAAGCCUUCCUGCUUAGCUCUUCCCAUGGUUUUCGAGGCUUCAUACAUGUUUGGCUAAAACUGAACUCAUUUGUAGGCCUAUGCUCUCCAGUUAUGUGGAUUCCAGAGGAAUCUCAUUUUCCUGGCACUGGGAAGAUUCCCUAGCUUCUGUUUGCCUGCAGAUCUGGAAUUUCAAUUUGCAUGGAUAUUGGGCAGCCAGACCCAUGGCAACAAAUGCUAGAGGAGGAAGGAGUGAGGUGGGAGAGCCUUGAAGGGGAGGUUUAUGGGGAGGGCGCUGAGGGUCAUGCCUUUUGGCACCUGUGACAGCCACAGGGGGGUGAUCACAGCCCUGUGAUCACUGGGGGGUUCAUCAUGCUGUCCCAGCUUCAACCAGUAGAGGGGACUGAUGGGGCCUUGGUGUCAGGGGCUAACCUGUGCCCAGGUUGUUCCUUAUGGUGCAGCCCAUUCUUCCCACCGUCCUGCUCGCAUGGCCCUGACCUCAGGUCUUGCCUGCAGAUCUCCUGCAAGGAAGCCAAGAUAUAUGAAGGGUUUUUUGGCAAGGAAGCCAAGGUUUUGAUUCAUGUUAUGAAAAUGUCUGUGGGCCCUGGGCCUCCCAGACUCCCCAGUAGGGCCGGCCUCCAUUUUUCUCCCCUGAAGUGCCACAUAACUGCCUGCCCCUCUCGCCUCCUCUGGGACCUUCAGUCCCACUGUUCUUGUGGGGCUGCCCUGGUGGCAGUGGGUCUGAAUUGCUCCUGUAUACACUCUGACCCCCCCAACUGUUGUUCUUCUCGGUCCUGCCUGACACAGACUUCAUCAAUACUCAGUUCAGUUUUUAAUGUAAGCAUCUAUUUAUGUUUAUUUUGGGCCCAGUCCCUGAAUUCCAGUGUCAUCUCUAUUAUUAUACAGUUUCCUCUGUUGGGCCUUUUGUUUUUCUUUCUUUGUGAAUGUCCCUGCCAUUGUUGUCUGUUUUAUUUCAUAUGUUCUUGGAGAGGACAGGAAAGUUUUUGUAAACAGAUUGGUAAAACUGAAUGUACGUGGAACAUUCACCACUGUCCUUUUUUUUUUUUUUUUUAUCACUGUCAUGUAAGCAACACAUUUAAUAAUAAUGAAGUUGAUGAUAAUGGCAGUACUAACAACAGCUACGUUUAUCGUGUGCUUACAGUUUGCCAGGCUCUUUCAAUCAUUUCACAUGCAUGCACUCAGUGGAGUCCGAUAAUGGCCCCACACAACCACACAGCUCAGCUUUCUAACCACUGUGUGGUACUUUCUUCGAUUUGAUCCACAUCUGUGUGCUAUCUUUGGCCCUAUCAGAGCAGAUCCAAGUUUUGUGAGUAAUGAAGCUUAG